AUGAUAAUAGUUAAACGUGAUAAGUUAUGCUUUAACUGCCUUGGUAAACACAGAAUAAAUGAUUGUAAAUCUAAACACACAUGUAGAAAUUGUAAUAAGAAACACCAUACAAGCUUGUGUAAUUCACGUCCAACAAACAACAUAAAACCAGUGAAUGAGGUAAACCAUAGAAACGGGAGUAGUAACUCAGCAAAUACGAACUUCCACGCGAAUUAUAACCAGAGCAGCAACCCGCCAUCGACAAACGUUCAACUCGUUAAUGAACUUCAUGAUACAGAAGAAGAUACUACCAUUUUGUAUUCUCAAUCGACAGAAUCGCGAUCAAAUGUACUUUUGAAAACCGCCGUAUCUCAAGUAGGCUCAAAUCAGCACUUUAUCGAUACGAAUAUUCUAUUUGACGAAGGAGCUCAAAGAUCGUUUUUGACGCAGAACUUAGCGAAUAAACUCAAUUUACAGAUAGAAGGAACAGAGAUAAUACAUUUAUCGGCAUUUGGAGGUGAAGAGAAAAACACGAGACACUUAGAAAAGACAACAAUCUAUCUGAAAACCGAUGCCGGACACAUAUUGCCAAUCAAAGUAUUGAUAGUACCGAUGAUCGCCACGCCUUUACAGAAUUACAUACGUAAUAUUGAUACACAGAACGGUUAUUUACGUGGUUUGAAGUUAGCACACACGAUGACACAGCAAGAUUCGUUUGAUAUAUCCUUGCUUGUAGGUGCAGAUCACUAUUGGGACAUUGUAGAAGACCAUAUAGUACGAGGAAACGGUCCAACCGCUGUGAAAUCCAAGAUCGGAUAUUUGCUUUCGGGACCUACAUACAGUAAGAAAACUAACACAUCGAAAACUAGCAUGUUUAAUGUUUUAAUAUCACACAAAGAUGAAGAAUACAAUUUAGAGAGAUUUUGGAAUUUAGAAUCAAUAGGUAUAAAUAGUAAGGAGUUAGACGAAGACGACGAUACCUACAUAACAGCAUAUCAGGACAGAUCAAUUGAAUUCAGAGAAAAUAAGUAUUUCGCUAGGUUACCAUGGAAACAGGACCAUGAUGAAUUGCCUACAAAUUUUGCAGUCACGAAGAGAAGGACAGAAAACGUCAUUAAAAGACUUACCCAAAACCCUGAUAUGUUAAAGAAGUACGGGAACAUUAUACAAGAACAGGAACGAAGGGAGUUCAUAGAGAGAGUGGAUGAAACAGCUGAAACUCAAGGAAUAAUACACUAUAUUCCUCAUCAUCCAGUACAGAAGGAAUCAAGCACUACGCCUAUCCGAAUCGUUUAUGACUGCAGUUGCCGCCAGUCGCCUUAUUCGCCUAGUUUGAAUGACUGCCUCUUGGACACACCGCCGAAACUAAACGACCUGACAAAAAUUCUGAUGAGAUUUAGAGCCAACCCUGUCGCCAUAACAACGGAUAUUGAAAAGGCCUUUUUACAUGUUGGCUUAAACGAAGAUGACCGAGACGCUACACGUUUCUUGUGGCUCAGUAACCCAUCAGACCCUACAAGUAAUCUACAGACUUACAGGUUCAAAUCCGUCCUUUUCGGAGCAACUUGUUCGCCGUUUAUGCUUAACGCCACGAUACUGAAACAUUUACAUCGUUACAACAGUACAACAGCUACAUUGAUGGAAAGAGACUUGUACGUGGACAACAUUCUGACAAGUUUACAGAACGAGGAUGACGCUAAUACGUAUUAUAAGGAAGCGAGAACAAUGAUGAAGGAAGCCGGAUUCAACCUACGAUCGUGGACAUCGAACAGUGAAAAUAUACGCACGCUAGCCGAGACGGAAAAUGUACUAGAUAAGGACAUCAACACAAAAGUACUUGGUAUGUUAUGGAAUAGCAAAUCCGAUGAUCUGAUGUACCAGAAAUGUGAGAUUCAACUACGAGACAUUGUAACAAAAAGGGAGAUUUUGAAACAAUGUGAGAUUCAACUACGAGACAUUGUAACAAAAAGGGAGAUUUUGAAACAUUCUUCCAAAAUAUACGAUCCACUUGGAAUACUCAGCCCCGUCACAAUACGAGCAAAGAUGCUCAUACAGGAUCUAUGGAAAAGUAAACUUGAUUGGGAUGAACCAGUUCCGGAAAACUUUAAGGCUACUUGGAUUAAUGUAGCAAGCGACUUAGAGAAAGCGACACAAAUCGUAUUUCCCAGAUAUUAUUUCUCCAGUAAUUCUACUUCGACACAAUUUGAACUACACGUAUUUUGCGAUGCGAGUCCAAAAGCGUAUGGAGCGACUGCAUAUCUGAACAACGGUACCGAAACUACGUUAGUGAUGGCGAAAAGCAGAGUAGCGCCAGUGAAAAACCUAACAUUACCGCAAUUAGAACUUAUGGCCGCAGUUAUUGGAACUAGACUAGCGUCACAUGUAAAAUCGACUUUUGAAUGUAAAAACGUGGUUUUCUGGUCGGAUAGCUGCAUAGUAUUACACUGGAUAAAAUCAUCGAAACCGUUAAAACGAUUUAUUGCAAAUCGAGUGCGAGAAAUUACAGAGUCUACAAAUCAACAUGAAUGGAGAUAUUGUCCUACAGAAUACAAUCCAGCAGAUCUCUUAACACGAGGAAUUGACGCCGAUCAAUACAUCAAUAGUGUAAUUUGGAAAAAAGGACCAAAUUGGUUAACGACUCGAACAAAAUGGCCAGAAUUAACUCCUACAAGUAAAACAGUAUUGACAAUUACAGGAGAAAACGACGACGAGGAAUUUCAAAACAAUGACGUUCAUACUGGCUACUAUGGUAUUAGUAACAUUAUAGACAUUUCGAAAUAUGGGACUUUCAGGAAAUUGAUUCGAGUAACCGCUUACGUUCAGCGGUUCAUAUCUAAUUGCCGAUAUACCAAAAAUCUGAGAAAAGGUGGAGUCUUAACGACAAAUGAUAUUAAUAUCGCGGUGCGUUCAUGGAUAUUACAUUGCCAAAAAUCUUCAUAUUCCGCCGAAAUAAAAAGUUUACAGGACGCUCGAAACAAAAACACAAUGAAAUAUCCAAGAAUAAGACAACUAGGACUCUUCAUAGAUGACGAUGGCCUUGUGAGAUGCAAUGGUAGGAUUCACAAUGCACCGAUUCCAGAGAAUACUAAAUUUCCAUAUCUUAUACCUGCAAAUCAACCACUUACCAAACUGAUAGUGAUAGACGCACACGAACGUUCACUCCAUUCUGGACUAAAUGCUACGCUAACUUAUGUACGACAAUCGUAUUGGGUACCGACACUCCGACAAUUUGUUAAGAAGUUAUUAAACAAAUGUGUAACUUGCCGCAAAGUUAUGGGAAAAUCUUACAACAAACCCGAUCCGCCACCCCUACCGAAAAUAAGAGUACAGGAAGCUUCGCCAUUUACCGUCACAGGAGUCGAUUAUACAGGUGCUUUAUACGUAAAGGACUCAGAAAGAACUUUAAAGAAAGCGUAUAUAUGUUUAUUUACAUGCGCAUCGACAAGAGCAGUUCACCUAGAAGUAGUUCCAAACUUGAGCGAACAUUCAUUUAUUCAGGCAUUUCGGCGCUUUGUUAGCCGUAAAUCUUUGCCUAAAAUUCUAGUAUCUGACAAUGCAACUACAUUCAUUGCAGGAUCUGCAGAAAUAAAAAGAUUAUGUGAAUCGGAUAUAGUAAAAAAUACUUUAUCAACACACGGUGUCGAGUGGAGAUUUAUACCGAAACGUGCACCUUGGUAUGGUGGAUUUUGGGAGCGCUUAAUUGCUCUGACGAAGACAAGUUUGAAGAAAGUGCUUGGACGAUCCCAAGUAAACAUGGAAACAUUACAAACAGUUGUUACGGAAAUAGAAACUAUCUUAAAUGACAGACCGCUAACAUAUCCAUCAUCCGAUAUCAAAGACUGUGAAGCUUUAACGCCGUCUCAUCUAUUAUACGGAAGGCGGAUUUCAACAUUACCGUACCCGCAAUCAGAAAUUGAUAAUUUCCUAGACCCGACUUACAUGGGACAUAAAGAUCUUAAUAAAAGUGUACACAGACAAACGCAAUUGAUUCAACAUUUCUGGAAAAGAUGGAAAUCCGAAUACCUUACAUCUUUACGUGAAUUUCAUAGGACAAUCGGAAAAAAUGAACAAUUAAUAAAUACAGGAGACAUCGUACAAAUUCACAACGAAUGUCCGAGGAUAAACUGGAAAAUUGGGAUCGUAACCGAACUUGCGAGAGGUAAUGAUGGACUUGUAAGAUCAGCACGAAUAAGGACCAGCACGGGAGAAACUACAAGACCGAUCGCCAAAUUAUAUCCGUUGGAAGUAACACAAACGAUGACAAACAAUUCUAACAGUAACGUUCAUAUUGAUGAGCAGGAACAUAUGGAUAACAGACCGAAACGAAAAGCUAGCCUAAAAGCCCGAGAGACGAUACAGAAGUGGAUUCACCAGUGA